AUGCAAAGCCCAGAGCCUCAACCGUGCCAUUUGCCGAGCGUCACUAUCAAGCCGGCACCUUCUACUAGCCCGGCCCCGAUCCAGUUUGGAGAAUUUCCGGCUCAUUCCGAUGCUCGGACGGGUUUGAGUAAGAUGCACGAUGGGGGGACCUACUCCAAUCGCCCCGAGCCCUUGGCGCCGACCUUAGGGCUUGGCGUUGACUCACAGAUCCAGGCGGCGACGCUGUGCUCAGUCUCGAGCACUUUCCUUUGUCUCAGCCCUGGACGAUCAUGCAGCCACAGUCAAAUUUUGAAAACGACCGUCUCAGCGGUUGGCCAACUUGGGAAGCUCGAUGAUAGCUGCGGCAUGUACCUGAGCCGCGAAGACGGCAGGAUGGUGGCCGGUGUGUGGCAUAAGGAAUCCCCUAGUCCUUUCCCGAACAUGGCCCAAUCCGUAUUGGCCAGAUCUCAGCCACGGCGUACUUGGCCCGCAGCCACCGUUCUCACUGGCUUGAAGGAAAGUCUUUUUGACGUAGGCCGGGGACAUGACUGGGUCCCGCGGGGGUUGGCGCCUGCCCCAGCUUCUGGUAACCGAUAUCUGUUAGCUCGCUCCUCUGGUGGGCCGCCAAGGGCAGUUCUUGACCUCUCGGCCUCAAGCGUUUUUGUUAACGAUUAUUACUCAGAGCUUUUCGGUUAUGACCAAGGCGUCACAGGCGGUCUCCUCGAGCUGCCAUCCUUCUACAAGUACUUCCCGGAAAUCACUGCAGACAUGUGCCCGGAAGACGAAAACCUCAGCUCCUGCAGGUCGCAGCGUAGCACCAACCAGGGCAUCGCUGUCGCCGCAUACAACCUCGGCUGCUUUCUCGGAGCUAUCUUGACCGUGUUCAUCGGUAACGCAAUCGGCCGUCGCAGGACCAUUUUCUGCGGCUGCGUGACUAUGACUACUGGCGCUAUCCUGCAAUGCACUGCUUACAGCCUCCCUCAUUGGAUCGUUGGACGAAUCGUGACUGGAAUCGGUAACGGCAUGAACACCAGUACGGUUCCAACCUGGCAGUCAGAGUCUGCGAAAGCGCACGAUCGUGGUAAACUGGUGAUGAUCGAGGGUAUGUUGAUCACCGGCGGAAUUUGUCUCAGCUACUGGAUCAACUAUGGUUUCGCCUUCCUUCCCGACCACGAGGUCUCAUGGCGCUUCCCAAUCGCCUUUCAGAUUAUUUUCGCCGUUACUAUCUUCAUAUCAAUUAUGAACCUCCCCGAGUCCCCUCGUUGGCUGGUUAUGAAAGGUCGGGACGACGAAGCGGUUGAGAUUCUUGAACUCCUGAACGAGAAGCCGCGCGACGACCCUUACAUCCAGAACGAACUGCUGUCAAUCAAGGAAACUGUGAUGGAAAUGAACAAGGGAUCAUUCCGCAGCCUGUUCAAGAUGAGCGAGUACCGUGAAUUCCACCGUGUCGCGCUCGCCUACGUCAAUCAGAUGUUCCAGCAGAUUUCCGGCAUCAACCUCAUCACUUACUAUGCUCCCAAUAUCUACACGGACAUUGGUCUCGGUGGCGGUAACACCGCGAAGCUCAUGGCCGCCGCCAACGGCACCGAGUACCUCCUCGCCGCGUUCAUUCCCAUUUUCAUUAUCGAGAAAGUCGGCCGUCGCCCGUUGAUGCUCUUUGGCGCUGCUGGAAUGUCUAUCUCCAUGGCCAUUCUCGCGGGUACACACUACCGCCGCGAAACCUACGACGACACCAAGGCCGGUGUGGCCCAGGCAGUCUUCCUCUUUGUUUUCAACACCUUCUUCGCCAUCGGUUGGCUCGGCAUGACCUGGCUGUAUCCCGCCGAGAUCGUCCCGCUCCGUAUCCGUGCGCCUACCAAUGCGCUGUCGACUUCGGCGAACUGGAUCUUCAACUUCAUGGUGGUCAUGAUCACCCCUGUUGCCUUUGAGAACAUCAAACAUAACACGUACACAAUCUUUGCGGUCAUUAAUGCUUUUAUGUUCCCCGUCGUCUACUUCUGCUUCCCCGAAACCCGUUACCGUUCGCUCGAAGAGAUGGACGCAAUCUUCAAAAAGUCGGACGGAAUCUGGAGCGCUGUGCAGCAUUCUAUCAAGGAGCCGUACCGCUAUGAUAAACACGGUCAGCUUAAGCCUGAGUACCUCGAGGAGGCGAUCAGGCGAGAAAGUGUGCGUCAUGUGGAGGGCAAGUUCGAGAGUGAGGACAGCACCAAUGAGAGUCAGGAGGCGAAGGGGACGGAGACGAGACUGGAGUAA